AUGGUCCUGCCUAUAUUCUUCUACGUUGAGCCAUCACAUGUUCGGAACCAAACUGGAAGUUUUGAAGAAGCAUUUCGGGAAUACGAAAAGAUUUUGGAGCCCCACAUAGUGGAGAGUUGGAGGGAAGCUUUGCGAGUGGUAGGGAAUUUGAAAGGAGAAGUUCUUGACGAAACUAAGGAUCAAGCAGAGUUGGUUGAAUUAGUUGUCAAAAGGGCUCUAAGUGAAUUGGUCAGUAGCACACAGUUGGCUGGGUGUAAGUACCGUGUUGGAAUGGAUUCCUGUGUGAAUGAUCUAUUAUCAUUAUUAGAUAUUGGCUCAAAGGAUGCUCAUUUCGUGGGAAUCUGUGGUUCUGGAGGCAUCGGGAAGACAACUAUUGCCAAGGCUGUAUAUAAUCACAUCUUUUCAUCCUUCAAGAGGCAUAGUUUUCUUUCAGAUGUUAGAGAACAAGCAAUGCAAUACAUGGGUCUAGUGUCUUUGCAAAAACGACUAUUUAAAGAUAUCUUCAAAGCAGACUUUGAUAUAGGCGAUUUUCAUACUGGAAAAAAAUUGAUAGAAGAAAGAGUCUGUAAAGAAAAGGUUCUUCUUGUUCUUGAUGACGUGGAUGGUAAUGAACAAAUAGAUGCUUUGGCUGGUGGACUCAAUUGGUUUGGUCAUGGAAGUAGGGUUAUAAUUACAACCAGAGAUGAACAUAUUUUGAACGUCGCUAAACUUAACAGAGAUAAAAUAUAUAGGCCUCAAUUGUUAGAUCAAGAACAUUCUCUUCAACUAUUUAGUUGGCAUGCCUUUCAAAACAACCAGCCUCCUGAAGAUUAUAUGCAACUCUCACGUAUUGUAGCAGUCCAUUCUGGAGGGUUGCCGUUAGCUCUUGAGGUGUUUGGCUCUUACCUAUCGGACCUAAGCAACAAAGAAGAGUGGGAAAGUACAAUACAAAUAUUGAAAGAAAUUCCUCCUGAAGAAGUCCAGAGAAGGUUGAAGAUAAGUUAUGACAAUCUAGAAAAUGAUUAUCAAAAGGCCAUAUUUCUUGAUGUUGCAUGCUUUUUCAUUGGAUGGAAGAAAGAAAUUGUAAUUUCCAUAUGGGAAGCUUGUGGCUAUCAUCCAAAAUCAUCAAUAUGCAGAUUAAUAAAAAGAUCCCUUCUAAAAUUUGAAGAUAGUUGGGAUGGUGAAUGCUUGAUGAUGCAUGACCAUAUUCGAGACAUGGGAAGAGAAGUUGUCUUAGAAGAAGGCCGUAUGGAGCUAGGAAAGCGUAGUAGGUUAUGGUCUUAUGGCGAACUCUUAGAAGUAUUAGAAGGAAAUAAGGGAACUGAUAUGAUAAAAGGCAUGAGUAUCCCCUAUGCCUCAAAGCUGCCUAUUAAUUUCACUAGUGAACCUUUUGAGAUGAUGCCUAAUCUAAGAUUUCUUAACAUUAGUUCAUCAAACUUUGUGGGAGACCUUUCACACUUUCCUUCUUCAUUAAGAUGUUUCGAGUGGAAAAACAUACCUUUAGAUACUUUACCUACUAAUUUUUAUCAUAAGAGAUUAGUUUAUCUCAACAUAUCAGAGAGCAAUGUUAAACAAGUUUGGAAAAUCAGGCCUCAAGAUGAAAAUCAGCGGUUCCAAAAGUUGAAAGUUCUUGAUCUAAGUACCUGUGUCUAUCUAUCUACGUCUCCGGACUUUUCAUGGUUCCCUUACUUGGAGCAAUUAUAUCUUGGAGGAUGCUAUUUAUUGGAUGAGUUAGACGAGUCCGUUGGGCAGUUGUGUCAACUCAAGUCUUAUUCUCAUAUCAUGUGA